CAGAGCAGCAGGUCAUGUGUUUGAGUAACAGAAAUACAACAAGUUGUCAGCUCGGACAGCAGUACAGAGGGCAGGGCAGCGGCUGGACAGCAGUCCAGAGGGCAAGGCAGGUGAAACAGAGAAUGGUGUUUGGUUCUCUGUUUAAGGGAUACUGUUACUGGUCCUGUUUCGAUGAUGAGCAGCAUGGCCAGCGUGGGGAGGCCCAAAGCAGUGUCUCAUGGUGUUGUUGGGAAGGAGAAGGAGAGGACAAGGUUUUGUGGAAACGACAGGCUGAAAACAGUGUCUCCUUGCAUCAAAGGAAAACCCAGAGCUGUGUCUCCAGGCAUGAUAGGGGAGCAGAGGGCAGUGCCUCCUUGGAGGCCAGAGUCGAUGUCUCCAGGUGUGGUAGGGAGAUAUAGGGCAUGGUCUCUUGGUGUGCUCCAGAACACCAGCAGCUACAGCAGUGUGACCCCAUGCCAGACCACUACUAAGACUAUCCGAGUGACGGACAUCUUGGACUCCAAACCAGAGCCAACCAAGGCCCCUGUCAAGAUCCGGCCCCCUAGCCCACGUCCCCCGCCCCCCAAGGAGCCCAUUUUCAGUUGCAACCUGUCCAGUGACCCUCCCGUCCAGCCCAUCAUAAGACGCAGGGCCCAUUCUUUGCCCUCGGUCCACGAGAGAAACAGAGACCGCCAGGUACGCUUCGUGGACUCCUUGGGGUUGAAGCUGGAGGAAGUCAAGGUGUUCAGCAAAGUAGAGGAGCCUUGGAUUCCCCCCCACGUCUUCUCCAGACUUCUCAUGAGCGCUGAGAUGAACUCAGGGCGGUCCCUGGAGCUUUCCUUGCCUUACUUCAAACCCUGCUUUCCCGAAAACACGGGCUCCCAGCCGGGGUUCGUUAAGCGCCUGGUGGAGCAGAUGGUAUCUCUGGACCAGGUCCUGUGUUCUGAGCUGGGCAUCGUCGGCAAGGUGCAGGUCCUCAACCUGGCCUUCAACAAGGAGGUGACGAUCCACUACUCCUUCACUAACUGGAGGAGCAGUGCUGAGACCAGAGCCUGCUGGGUGGCUACCCUCCACCGGGAUCAGAUGGAGGGACCAGAGUCUGAUGUAUUCAGGUUCCGCCUGCCCGUCCCGCCCUUCAUCCUGCUGCCUGGAGCCCAGCUGGAGUUUGCUGUGUGUUACAGAGUGAUGGGAGCUGAGUACUGGGACAACAACGAUGGGAACAACUACAAACUGUCCUGUCACAGCUACACACUCACUGUGCCCCGGGAGUGUGAGGACAGCAUUGUGCACUACACCUGACUGGCCACUAGGGGGCAACCAGUGCUGUAGAGCAAUAGAGCUCUAUUCCAUAGAGGUUCAUGGGGAGGAAGACAACACAGCUGUGCCAAAUGGUCUGACAGUACACAGAUCUGCCUGUAGGAAUAUGAAACAAGCCAUUCUCUUUAUUAAAAAAUAAAUAAAGGUAUUUGGUGAAUAGAGAAAUAGAGUAAAAGUAAUUGAAGGGAAAGCCGAUACAGACAUACCCAAGACGACUCAAAGCUGGUACAGACAUACCCAAUACGACUCAAAGCUGGUACAGACAUACCCAAUACGACUCAAAGCUGAUAGUCAUACCCAAUACGACUCAAAGCUGGUACAGACAUACCCAAUACGACUCAAAGCUGAUAGUCAUACCCAAUACGACUCAAAGCUGGUACAGACAUACCCAAUACGACUCAAAGCUGAUAGUCAUACCCAAUACGACUCAGAGCUGGUACAGACAUACCCAAUACGACUCAAAGCUGAUAGUCAUACCCAAUACGACUCAGAGCUGGUACAGACAUACCCAAUACGACUCAGAGCUGGUACAGACAUACCCAAUACGACUCAAAGCUGAUAGUCAUACCCAAUACGACUCAGAGCUGGUACAGACAUACCCGAGACAACUCAAAGCUGAUACAGACAUACCUGAGACAACUCAAAGCUGAUACAGACAUACCUGAGACAACUCAAAGCUGAUACAGACAUACCUGAGACAACUCAAUGCUGAUACAGACAUACCUGAGACAACUCAAAGCUGUUACAGACAUACCUGAGACAACUCAAAGCUGUUACAGACAUACCUGAGACAACUCAAAGCUGAUACAGACAUAAUCAACAACAAAGGCAUAUUACAAAUUAUAAACUGCGUGGUUCGAGCCCUGGAUGCUGAUUGGCUGACAGCCGUGGUAUAUCAGACCGUAUACCAUAGGUAUGACAAAACAGACAUUUUUACUUCUCUAAUUACGUUGGUAAACAGUUUAUAAUAGCGAUAAGGCACCUCGGGGGUUUGUGAGAUAUGGCCAAUGUACCACGGCUAGGGAGUGUCUCAGGGUUGUGCUGUGCCUAAGAACAGCACUUACUCGUGGUAUAUUAGCCAUAUACCACGCCCCUUCAUGCCUUAGCGCUUAAGUAUUCUACAAUGUAUUGACUCACGGGUAUGAAUACUUAUGCAAAUUAGCUAUUUCUGUAUUUAUAUUUUUUAAAUAAAUUUCCCACAAUUUCUAAGAAAAUUUUUCACUUUGUCAUUAUGAGGGUGAGAGAAAAAAUAUACAUUGAAUCCAUUUUGAAUUCAGGCUGUAACACAAAAAAAUGUGGAUUAAGUCAAGGGGUAUGAAUACUUUCUGAAGGCACUAUGUAGUGCUUAUGAAUCUUUCUGUAAGAUAUAAGAAGCCUUUAUGCAUGCUAUAUGAAGGCUCAUAAGGUGUACUUCCAGUUUUUAAUUUCACACUUUUUUAUAGUCGAUUUAAUGUCAUUGCACUCGCUACAGCCGAUAGGAUUUGGGUGUCCAUAUUUAUUAAACAUUUAUAUAUUCUG